AUGCCAGAAAGGAAAGCCAGUGGAAGUCCAGAGUCCAUCGUUUCAUCCUCAUCCCCGGAAAAUGGCUUCGGCGAAGAUGAAAAGCCGACAUUCCCUAUGCUGCGUCCAAUAGAACCCGCCCAACAAGACACUGACACGCGCACCUCACCUCUUGUUCCAUUGCUUCAACCAGUUCCUGUUAAGUAUCCGCAAAUGUUGAUCAAGCAAGAACUUUCUGAUGAUGUCACUUGCUCAAUUCAAAGUGAAAUUCGUGCACCAUUGAACGUCCAAAUUCCUUCCCACCGCGGAAAACAAGACCUGGAUUCUGCAAUAUCCGCCCUUGCACGCAAAGAGAGACUGGGAGACAUUGAUCCUAUCACUGGCAUGUCAAGGUCGUCUAGGGAGGACGCGGAAGUGUCUGUGACCUUGACCUUGUCUGCGAAGGCCGCUGAAGACAUUGGGGGUGUUCUGUCGGCGAUUGCUGACCUGUUGAAAAUAGCCGCCCCUCCUUCUUAUGAAGUUAGCCGCAGCCCUUCUCCAGACCAGUCAAAGUCAAACUUGAAACAUAAAGAAGAAGCGUUCAGAAUUCACACCUUACCCAAGGGCAAGCAGACGUUCUGCAAGCAGUGUGAAGUAGUCUUUGUAAAUGCAGGUGUGCGCAAAAAGAAAUCUGACAUUCCAAUGCUGACCAAAGCAGAAAUGCAAUACGAGGAAGAUGAGAUGAUGUUCUGUAGCGUCAACUGCUUCAAUGCUUUCACAAUCACCCGUCAGUUGACACUCAAGCCUGGAGUCCCCGAUAGCAACAUGCUGGAAUCAGGCCUUGCUAGCUCACUUACUAUACCUUCUGUGAAGGACCAACCAAUGCUGAGCCCAAGGGACCUAACUCCAUCUUCAAGCGCAAUAGCCACGUCCGCUGUCACGCCAACCCCAGGGUUUGAAUCCAUGGAAACAACACCUAUCAAGUCUGGACCCCCCACCCCUCAGCUGGGUAGCCCAACAUUGUUCCGCAUGAAACAGGACCUUGGAAAACGGCCAUACAAACGGAGCAGUAGCUUCUCUGCGCCUGUAGAGAAAAAAUGGAAGAAUGAGCGCUACAAGCGGUUUGAUGCAAAUCUGUUCCCCGAGGUACAAGAGUCCAAGAAGAAGGACGUGGAUGAGAUCAAACUGUGGGCGGAGUUUAGUGUGGCCAUACGUCACGACCUGGAGGCAGUCCCAGAUCAGCGGUUCUGCGAGUUCUGCCAUGAUUGUGGGGAUGGUCUGAGUGACGGACCAGCCAGGUACGGUAUCAGAUAUGAUUGUGGGGAUGGUCUGAGUGACGGACCAGCCAGUUACGGUAUCAGAUAUGAUUGUGGGGAUGGUCUGAGUGACGGACCAGCCAGGUACGGUAUCAGAUAUGAUUGUGGGGAUGGUCUGAGUGACGGGCCAGCCAGGUACGGUAUCAGAUAUGAUUGUGGGGAUGGUCUGAGUGACGGACCAGCCAGGUACGGUAUCAGAUAUGAUUGUGGGGAUGGUCUGAGUGACGGGCCAGCCAGGUACGGUAUCAGAUAUGAUUGUGGGGAUGGUCUGAGUGACGGACCAGCCAGGUACGGUAUCAGAUAUGAUUGUGGGGAUGGUCUGAGUGACGGACCAGCCAGGUACGGUAUCAGAUAUGAUUGUGGGGAUGGUCUGAGUGACGGACCAGCCAGGUACGGUAUCAGAUAUGAUUGUGGGGAUGGUCUGAGUGACGGACCAGCCAGGUACGGUAUCAGAUAUGAUUGUGGGGAUGGUCUGAGUGACGGACCAGCCAGGUACGGUAUCAGAUAUGAUUGUGGGGAUGGUCUGAGUGACGGACCAGCCAGGUUGCUCAAUAUGGACAUUGACAAGUGGGCCCACCUGAACUGUGCCCUGUGGUCAGAGGACGUGUAUGAGACACUGAACGGUGCCCUCAUGCGUGUGGACCAGGCAUACAAGAAGGGAACCAAGCAGAAGUGUGUGGUCUGUGGGAAGAUGGGCGCCACUGUUGGCUGCUUCAAGCAACGAUGUGCGCAGAUAUACCAUGUCCCGUGUGCUAAACUUGUAGGAUGCAUUUUCUUUGAAGACAAGACUAUCCUGUGUCCUCCACACACGCCAAAGGGCAUACAGCUAGAACAGGUGCUGAGUUCGCUCAUCGUCAACCGCAGGGUCUACAUCAACAGGGACGAAGAUGCGCAGGUCGCUAACAUGUUAUUGCAAGAAGAUGGACAGCACACUCUGAGGCUAGGAUCCUUGGUUCUCCAUAGCCUGGGACAGCUGCUGCCCCACCAAAUGGCUGGGGGGAAAUUCAACUCCAGAGACCAUAUUUAUCCGGUGGGCUACAAGACAUCUCGGUUCUACUGGAGCAUGCAGAGGCUCUACAAGCGCAGCCGCUACGUAUGCAUGAUCAAGGAGCACGAGGGCCAGCCGCAGUUCGUCGUUACGGUCAAAGAAGACGGUCAGGAAGAGAUGGUCAUUCAAAACAGCUCCUGUGCCGGUGUGUGGCGGAGUAUUUUGGAGCCGCUGGAGAAAAUUCGGCGUGACAGUAAACUUGUGAAUGUGUUUCCCAGCUUUACCACAGGAGAGGAGCUUUAUGGCUUGACUGACCCCAACAUCGUCAGACUUGUUGAAUCACUCCCUGGCACUGAUCUGUUGAGAGACUACGCCUUCAAGUUCGGUCGUCGUCAGCUGAUUGCCCUGCCCUUGACCAUCAACCCAUCCGGAUGUGCGCGCUCAGAACCCAAGUUGAGGACACAUUUUAGAAAGCCUCACACCCUGCAGUCAAGCAGCACUCACUGUCUGCCGUCCCACACCACUGGACUUACUGGGGACCUCAACUCACCCUACAUGAAGCACUUUGUGCACAGCAAGUCCCAGCAAUAUCGCCGACUGAAAACAGAGUGGAAGAACUUGGUCUACCUUGGUCGAUCUAGGAUUCAGGGUCUAGGCCUGUAUGCAGCCAAGGACCUGGAGAUGCACACUAUGGUGAUUGAGUACAUUGGAGACCUGAUCAGGAAUGAGGUGGCCAACCGCAGGGAGAAGACCUAUGAGUCUCAGAACCGUGGUGUGUACAUGUUCCGUAUUGAUGACAACACAGUGUGUGACGCCACAAUGGCAGGCGGGCCUGCCCGAUACAUCAACCACUCGUGUGACCCGAACUGUGUGGCAGAGGUCGUGGAUAUUGACAAGGAGGGCAAGAUUAUCAUCAUCACUAACAGACGUAUCAACAAGGGCGAAGAGCUUUCCUACGACUACCAGUUUGACCAGGAAGAUGAGGACAGCAAAAUCCCGUGCAACUGUGGAGCCUGGAACUGCCGCAAGUGGAUGAACUAGACCAACUCGAUAUUACAAUGGUUCCAGUGUUGAGUGUACAUCAGUUAUAUCAGUGUCAAUAUGGAAUCGACAAUGCUAUGGCAGUGUACUGAUAGUUUCUCAUGAAAAGUUAUAUAUAUAUAUAUAUAUAUAUAUAUAUAUAAGCGAAAGAAAUGUCUCAUUCAAAAGGCGCUUGACCAAGAGAAUGUUGUGUAUUUCAUAUAGACUUUUUUUCAUUGAAAUGACAAUACAGGAAAUUUACUCCUCAAAAUUAUCUGAGAAUUGAUGAGUUGUCUCUGUCUUGAAAAAACUUAAUUGAAACUUUUAAUUUUUGCCCAAGAUGUCAUCAUUAUCUACAAAAUUGAUGACGCUUUUAAUAUUAAUGAACAUAAGCCAAACUUCCAGUGCUUAUCAAUUGAGUGCUUUUUAGUUUUUUUUAACAAAAAAAUAUACACAUUUCGUCAUUUAUAAAUCAAUGAUAGUUAUGCAAUGAAUUCAAAUUUACAUAUAUAAAUUGUACAUGAGACAAUUAAGAAAAUGUUGUUUUUUUAGCAAGUAUUAAACAAACUCCUUUUUUUUAAGGAAACAUUGAUCAAUAUGAAUUCUGGAUCAUAUUAAUUUUAUAUGUAUAUAUUUUUUGGUUGAUUAUUUUUAUGUUUUGUAAGAUAUUUGUUAUAAUAGUCAUUACAGUUUUGUGCCCAAAAAUUCAUAUGAAUGUUUUUGUUUUUUUACAGAGAUAUUUUAUUGACCUUUCUACGUCAUUUACCUCAUUGUUGUUGCAAAUGCGCAAACUAAACAUUCUGAAACAUUGAAGUGUACUCUAUUUGACUGUUUCAUUAAUGUUUCUGUUUGCCUUACAUAAGAUGACAAUAAAUCCCAUAUGGUAAUCAAUUUAUCUAUAACAGUAUAGUGCUUAUUUUUUAUUGUACUUGUAGUAUCCACAUGUAGGUGAAUAUUUUGUAUGAAGGCCAAGUAUUUAACAGUGCUGUUAUAUUAGUUUGAUGAAAAAAUAGGAAUUCACAGUUAUUUUAUAUAAUUCCAUCCAACACCAUUUGUAAAUAUCAGGCACCAAGUAAGUACACUUUCUGUAUAAAUGUCAUCCUUUCGUAGUGAUAUAUGCAAAGUCAUGUAUGUGUUUUAUUGUUAUAUAAUGUUUUUGUAGUGUAACAAACAAAUUGUUUGCAUUCUGGAUAUGUUACUGUGCAGUGCACACUGUUGAUCCUGUUUUGAUUUCUGUUGAUAACUUUGUGAAACUUGGAAAAAUAAAAGUAGUUGUUAUUGUAUAUCUGUAAUAAGACAUUUUAUUUUUUGUUUUGCGUUUUUGAGAUAGUGCAGUGGAGUUUAAAUUAUAAUAUAAUGUGAUUACAAGCAGAAAAUUUGUUGGGAUGUUUUUUUGUAUGCUUUUUAGUUUGAUGCAGAGUAAAAGAGUAUAAUAUUGUCAUCAAAUGUUCAGUGUUGUAGUCAGUGUGGAACAUUCUGUAUAUAUUUUCAUGAUUUAACUUAUUUUGCAACAUGAAUGUAUUCCAAGGAACUGAUCUCCGUAGUUUACUAGGCAGCACUAGUGCCAGAACAAACCUGUGUGUUGUAGUACAUGUGCAUUAUUGCAUGAACAUGGCAUGUGAGUAUGUCAAAACUCUGGUUUAGUAUUGUGUUGCCUCUGUGUCAUGGAGUGCUCAUACUUGACAGAGUUGCCAAACUACUUGGUUUGGAUCACCAUGUUGAUUUGUAUGCAAUUAUCAGAUUUGGCUACCAAAACAAAGACAUUUUCCUUUGUCUGCAUUAUUAAGUACACAUCUCCACAUAUAAAGAAGACUGCGGUGAUGCACACUCGUGAUUCACAUGUCCAUUUACAUAGUAGGUGUUGGAAGAACAGUGUGCCCAGUUUUGAUUUUCUGUGUAGAAAAGAUCCUUACAUGCACAAGAUUAGUUUAUAAAGGAACUUUAUUGAACUGAUUGUUUAUGACGUCCACUUAGAAGGGAAGGGAGUGUUAUAGCAUUUUGAUUUGCAAUUAAAAGCAAUAAUGUUUAAUUGACAUAUGUCUAGGGGUGUAAAUAAAUUAUGUGUUAACUUACUAGAUGUUACGUAAUGAACAUUUGUAAAAAAAAUGCAUAUGAAACAUUUAUCAAUCACUAUUCACUAUUUAUGUACUUGAGGUCGCACUCAGAUGAAUUUAUUUCGUGCAUUGUUUUCAAAACAAAAUGUUUUAUUGUUUGUUAAGUGUUUGAUAUAUAUAUAUAUUGGCAAAGGUGACGUUUUGAAUAGUGUUUAAAUAUUUGUAUUUAGUGUGUAGUAUUACAUUUUUUUGUACCAUUUCUAUUGGAAAAUAUACUUCUAUGAUGA